AUGUCUUGGCCGGCUCUGUACGCUCAGCUGGUCGGGGCGAACCGUCACUCCACCAGCCUGGGUAAAGUCUGGCUCUCUGUGCUGUUCAUUUUCCGGGUCAUGGUUCUGGUUGUUGCUGCCGAGAGCGUGUGGGGAGAUGAGCAGUCUGACUUCACCUGUAACACACUACAGCCUGGCUGUGAAAACGUCUGCUACGAUCAGUUCUUCCCCGUCUCCCACAUCCGUCUCUGGUGUCUUCAGCUUGUCUUUGUCUCCACGCCAACGCUCCUGGUUGCAAUGUAUGUGGGCUAUAGGAACCACAGGGAUAAGAAGAGGCUGCUGCAGGGUUCUGGCAGAUCUGGUUUCCUCGGCAACAAAGGUCAGGAGGACGAGUUGGAGACUCUGAAGAAGCGGAGACUCCCUAUCGCCGGCGCCCUCUGGUGGACGUACGCCUGCAGCCUGGUGUUCAGGCUGCUGUUUGAGGGAGGCUUCAUGUACGCCCUGUAUGUAGUGUACGACGGUUUCCAGAUGCCACGGCUGGUGCAGUGUGACCAGUGGCCGUGUCCUAACCUGGUGGACUGUUUCAUCUCUCGCCCCACCGAGAAAACCAUCUUCACCGUUUUCAUGGCCACCGCCUCGUCCAUCUGCAUGGUCCUCAACAUGGCUGAACUCGCCUAUCUCGUUGCCAAGGCUGUGACUAGGGGUCUCAGCGGUCAGAGGGAGACGAGGUCAAGCAGUAAAUCCAGCAGCAGAGAGAGGACGUAG